UAUUGUAAAAGGGUGCAGGACAUGCGGGAUUUGUUAAAAAUUUUGUAAUUUUUUAAGCUUUUAAAAUGUUUUAGGCAUCUGUAAUUGGAAAAAAGGUUUUGAAAAAUGGUAUCUUAAAUUUUUGUAUUGUUCAUUUCAAUUUAUUAUGAUAAUUCCUACCAAAGUGUACAGUAAUGUCGCCAAGUUGAAACUAAAUAGCAAGGAGAAAGAUUCAGCAAAGCAUGAUUGAAAAAUAUGGCAAAUUGCUCGAAUAUAAUUUAAUCGCAUUAAGAACUUGCCUGAAAAAUGGAUUCCAUGGUAUUUUACGAGGAUGAUUUUGAAAGUCAAUGUCACGAUCACCUAGACCAGGAUCUGGAUGCAGAUUAUGAAUAUGAAUACGCGGAAGAGACUGCCGUAGAUUUAUACGAUCUAUGUCUCAAACCCACUUUGCAACAUACUGUUGAACAUCUCAUUCCUUUGAUAUUGGCAUCUUUUUUAUUCAAAAUUGUCGCACAAUGUACUUACACUCCAAAUAAAUUGAUGCACGGAGCGUCGAUUAUCCUUGGAUUUGCAAUACUUUACAACUACGUUCCUGAAAGUUUAUAUCUUUUAGCAAUAUUCACCAUAGCCUCUUAUAUCUAUUUGCAAUUGCCAAAAAAAUACCGAAGUGGAAUCGGAGUCUUCAUACCAAGUAUUUUUGUAAUUUUAUAUUGCGAAUUGUCGAUGGAAGCUGCAUCAUGGCACAAAAUACGCGGUGUAGUAAUGAUCGCAGUGAUGAAAGAAAUCAGCAUAGCUGUGGAUCAAAACGAAAGUAACCAUAAACCACCAGUGCUUUGGCAAUACGUUGGAUAUUUAGUUUCCCCUGUCACUUCGAUAUUUGGACCCUGGAUAUCCUUCAAAGAUUAUUCUGAACUUCAUCGUCAAGGCUCUUGGAACCUUAAAUGGAUUUUUUCAACAGUAGGAUAUUUCGCACUCGCUCUUGUUUUCAUCAGCAUUUCAAAUUGUGGAGCGAGUUGGAUCUUGACAGAAAAUAGUGGCAAAUGGCUCCAAGCAUACAGAGACGCUUUAUCGUUUAGAAUGUCUCAUUAUUUCGUAUCAUAUACAUCAUCGUCGAUUUUACUUCUUGGGGGUUUGCCAUUCGCUCGGACUACGAUUACAAAACCAAUGGAAAUUGAAUUUCCGAGAUCGCUAGUUCAGGUCGUCAUUUCCUGGAAUAUCCCAAUGCACUCUUGGUUGAAAACAUAUAUAUUCCGUCCUGGAAGAAGGCAACUAGGAAAAUUUGGAGGGAUUCUUUUAACAUAUCUGGCAAGUUCUUUACUCCAUGGAUUGAAUUUUCAGCUCGCAGCUGUACUGCUCAGUUUAGGAUUUUAUACUUACAUAGAAUUCGAAAUAAGAUCUGUAUUGUCGACCGUUUUUGACGCCUGCAUAACAUCCAAAAAAUGUCCAGAUAAUAAGUGUUCCCAUCAAAGAAUUGCAGCUAAUUGUUGGUGGGUCACUGCAGUAAAUUUGGCCUUUUCGGCUCUCUCGAUUUUUCAUCUAGCGUACCUAGGUCUUAUGUUCGACACUUCAGAAUUGCAAGAGACAGGAUACAGUUAUUUGCAUACGAUCGAAAAAUGGUCUCAACUCGGCUUUGCAAGUCAUUGGAUUGCUUUCGUCACUUAUUGUGCUUAUUUUUUAAUUAGAUAACAUAUCAGUAUUUUGCCAAGUGUUAUAAUUUUAAAGUAACCUUGUAUCAAAUAUGCACGUCUGUGAUUGUAUAUUAGUUGAAAUCGCUUAUUUAUUGAACAUUUUUAUAGAAUUUUUGAACGCUAAUAAUUUUGUAUA